GAAAUCCAGAAUUGUUCAAUGGCAAAUGACACUUCUGGUGCUGAUUCCCAUCAUAAACGUCUUGGCCUUUUGAAAGAUCAAGUUCACUUAGUUAAAAGGAAAGAUUCUGAUCGCUAUGAGGUUGCAUCAAUCCAAGAUCAAUUAUCAUUUGAAAAGGGAUUUUUCAUAGUAAUUCGUGCAUGCCAAAUGUUAGCCCAAAAGAAUGAUGGAAUAAUAUUGGUGGGGGUGGCAGGUCCUUCAGGGGCUGGGAAGACUGUGUUUACUGAAAAGAUACUUGGCUUCAUGCCCAGCAUUACAGUCAUUUCGAUGGACAAUUACAAUGAUUCUAGUCGAAUUGUUGAUGGAAACUUUGAUGGGGGAGGGGGGAGUAUCCUUAUUGGAUAUUGACAUUACUGACUCUGCUGAAAAGUCGAGCAUCUGCGCUGAAAGAUUAAAACUUGGAUUUGAGAUGUUUAAGCCAUGUGUAGAACAGUAAGGCUGUAUGAGUAUAGGAAUUCCCUGCAAUAAAUAAGUAGGUACUAAGGCCUAAGGGUGGCGGAAACCAAUAAGACAGAAGACUCAAUGGUUGAUAAGAUAAGGUUAAAUUAAAACAAAUGAUAUUGCAAUAAAAUGAAUUCUUGCGAAGAUGGCAUAAAGGUAAUUCAGCUAUUUUUCCCUAAAGCUCAUAUCCAAAUACGGAGAUAUGUUAUUUCUUUUGACCUUCCUACUGCCUUGGUGAGGUACACUUCCCUUAAAAGUAUUACGUUUUCUGCUUUGGGAAGAUCCUCGGUUAACAGAUUACGACACAUUGCUCCAAAACCUACAAGAUCUAAAGGAUGGAAAGCCAGUUCAGGUUCCCAUAUAUGAUUUCAAGUCCAGCUCACGUACAGGAUACAGCUAAAAUGAGCCCUUCUUACAGGACAGUAGAACCGCCAAACUCCAGAAUUGUAAUUAUAGAGGGCAUCUAUGCCUUGAGUGAGAAGCUGCGACCUCUACUAGACCUUCGAGUAUCUGUUACAGGUGGAGUUCACCUUGACCUUGUAAAGCGAGUUAUACGUGACAUACAACGGGCUGGUCAAGAACCUGAAGAAAUCAUUCAUCAAAUAUCUGAGACGGUAUAUCCAAUGUACAAGGCAUUUAUUGAGCCAGAUCUCCAGACAGCACAUAUAAAAAUCAUCAACAAAUUCAACCCAUUUACUGGGUUCCAGAGUCCUACUUAUAUAUUGAAGUCAGCAAGGAAGGUAGAUCCGGAUCAAAUUAAGGCUGUUCUAUCUGAAGAUUUUAAUGAAACCACAGAGCAGACUUAUGACAUAUAUCUUUUACCACCUGGUGAGGAUCCAGAAACUUGCCAAUCAUAUUUAAGGAUGCGAAAUAAGGAGGGGAAAUACAGUCUCAUGUUUGAGGAGUGGGUGACUGAUAAUCCAUUUGUAAUUUCACCAAGAAUUACUUUUGAGGUCAGCGUGCGACUUCUUGGUGGAUUAAUGGCUCUGGGAUACACGAUAGCCACUAUCCUUAAGAGAAACAGCCAUGUCUUUUCUGAUGAUAGGGUUUGUGUGAAACUAGAUUGGCUUGAGCAGCUAAAUCGACAUUAUGUUCAGGUGCAAGGAAGAGAUCGCUUAGUUAUACAAUACAUAGGACAACAGCUGGGUCUGGAAGGCUCCUACAUUCCUCGGACCUACAUCGAGCAAAUUCAACUUGAAAAGCUUGUAAACGAAGUUAUGGCCCUACCAGAUGAUUUAAAGACAAAGCUCAGCCUAGAUGAGGAUUUGGUUUCAAGCCCCAAAGAAGCACUUUCUAGAGCCUCUGCAGAUAGGGUUGCAUUGAGAAAUAAAUACAUGAGAAGUGGAAUGUCACAGUCAUAUACAAAUCAAAGGGACAAAAAUUUAGCCAAAGUUACUGGAUAUGCUGCUAAAAACCGAGGUUUUGGUGAAAGAAAUUCCGAUUCUUCAACAACUGCAACUCAGGGAGCCAUCAACCAGCUUUCGAAUCAAAUUUCUGCCCUCAACGAUAGAAUGGAUGACUUUACAAGUCGUAUUGAAGAGCUGAAUACCAAGUUAACCAUAAAAAAAAGUUCCCCAAGCCAACAAAAUAUGUCGCUUCAGGCUGAGGCCUGCAGUGGUUCUGCUCCCACCUCAUACUUUAUCACUAGUUUGGGAAAUGGUUCCCUAACUGGAUCUAAAUUGACUAAUUCCUCAUCUUCAUCACAAUUAGCUAAAGAUUCUCCUUUACUAGAUGAGAUAUCAGGUAUAGCGCGCAGUCAGCGUCAGAUCAUGCACCAAUUGGACAACCUCAAUAAUCUUCUCCGGGGGAGCUUGGGUGAAAAGUCUCAUCAAACAAGAACCAGCAGCAGGAAGAGCAUCGCUGGUGAUUCAGAUUCCACUGGAACUCGUGUUAUGGCUGCAGUGACGGUUGGUUGUUUGGGGAUAUUCUUGAUGAAGGGGUUAUUGACCAGGAAAUGAUUCCACUACAUAUAUACACUAGUCAAAAUUAGUAUUUUUCAUGCAACCCUUCUUAGAAAGGUGUUGAAGCAUUGACAGUUAAAAAUGUCUUAGAUUCUGGUGGCAGCAUUUGAAGGUCAUUUGAGGGUGGGUGAGGGGAUCAUGCCCGCCUGAAAUUUUGUAACAUGGUGGGCUUUACUUUGUUGACACAAUUUCAUUCCAUAUUUCAAAAAUUUAAUUUACAAGGAAA